AGUCCGAUGUUAUCAUAGUAUCCACGGUUUCAAUGUUAUCAUUAGGUUACUCACUGGUAGUCCACUGACAAGUCCCCUUUUACUAUAACAGCCCUUGUUAGGUUGCUCUUCUUCCUUCCUCUUCCUCUCUCUCUCUCUCUCUCUCUCCCUUGACUCUGAACUACAAAUGGCUAGUAGACUUGCUAAGACCAAUUCUUCUGGAGAUGAUACUGUCACUAGAUGGAUAUGGGUUGACUCACACAAGCAAGGCGAUCUAAUAAAAAGUCUGAUUAAAAAUAACUUGAUUGAAGAGCAAGAUAUCAGCAAUACCAAAACACUUGGCUAUUUUAAGAUUACAGCUAAAAGAGAGAACAUGAAGAGAAUACAAGAUGCUAUUACAAAGUUUAAUCAGAGCUCUCAAAUUGAGCCACUUAUUCCUAACCAGGACACUCCACCUAAGGCAAGACUGGCAUCUGCUACUCCACUUGAUGCUAUACUUGAUGAUAACUCAAUACCAACAGUUAAUAUUGAGUUGACCUAUACUUAUGGUUGCAUUGAUGAUGAAAAAACCAUGGCCUGUCAUCUUGUUGAAAGACUAAAAGCAAUAUCACUUUAUCAAAACCAACUACCGAACCUUGAGUGUAACGUCCAAUUCAUUCAAAAACCUCGUGAAUUCGUCUUCAAGCCUGAUCUCCAAGCUGAUAUAAAGCCUACCAUUACAGUUUCUGCAUGUUGUACUAAUUUUGGUGACUCUCAGCCUGAAAACAACAAUGUUGUUGUAGGAGAUGUAUAUGACAUAUUGGCCAAUUUGUUCCAGGAAUAUGUCAUAAAAAAGGCCCAAGACAAAGCCAAAUUGUAGUAGUAACAAUAAUUAUAAUAAUAACAG